AUGUCAGAUGCAGUCGAAGGCUCAUGGUGCGACUCCGGAAGCGACUGGAGCGCGUCGAGUGCCUCCCCGGAACUGCGCAGCCUUAUCAACGCGGCGUUUCUUCGAUUUAUAUCCACAAGUCACGGUCGUCUCAAGAGGCCCACACAUCGGCAUGACGAGGUUCCCUCCACGCAUUCCAGGAGGCGUGGGGUUCGUCAGAGACUGGAAGAGUCCCUUCAAAUUUCCGCAGGGACGACAGGAGUCCCGUCCGCUCUUCUUGAUGGCAUCGUGUCGGCAAUUCGGCAGCAAAGUGAUCACGUGCACGCGGCGGCUCUCAUUGUGCAUCAUCUCUCUGACCCUGAGAACAGUGCUCUCCGUCAGGCCUUAUUAGAAAGUCGGCUCUCCCCCACAGCGCUUGCGUCCAUGGCGGAGAGUGAACUCGUCAACCCAAAACUUAGAGAAAAGUGGGAGAAACAACGCCUGAAGAAUUUGGAGCAAAAGACCGUUAUUUUUGUUGAACAGCUUACAGCAAUGGUGACAUCCAUCUACACCUGUCCCGCCUGUGGCGGCCAACGGUGCACUUUGAGACGGCGACAGGCCGACAAGCAGAAAUGGGCUGGCGACGAUGAAGCACCUAAUCUCUUGACUUGUUGCGCCUGUUCUCAUGCCUUUAGGCGGUAA